UUUCUCCUAUAGCAUUUUUGGCGCUCCCUGUGGGUUCCUUCCCACCUCCUCCCCCUUCGCUCGCCCUCAUUGUCCCGAGUCUUUGAAAAGUUGGGAGAGUCCUAGAUACUUCUGAGGACUGAUAAUGAAGUCUCACUUAGGAUGGAUGCAGUUCCGGCCUCCACCUCCCUCCCCCGUAAGAAGCCGCAUUUUAGAUAUCCCCUGCAAAGUGUGUGGCGACCGCAGCUCGGGCAAGCACUACGGGGUCUACGCUUGCGAUGGUUGUUCCGGGUUCUUCAAGAGGAGCAUCCGGAGGAAUCGGACCUAUGUCUGCAAGUCUGGAAACCAGGGAGGAUGCCCGGUAGACAAGACACACAGAAACCAGUGCAGGGCGUGUCGACUGAAGAAGUGUUUGGAAGUCAACAUGAACAAAGAUGCCGUGCAGCAUGAGCGGGGCCCUCGGACGUCCACCAUCCGCAAACAGGUGGCCCUCUACUUCCGUGGGCACAAGGAAGACAACGGGACCGCUGCGCACUUCCCCUCCGCAGCACUGCCCACCCCCGCUUUCUUCACGGCGGUCACUCAGCUGGAGCCGCACAGUCUGGAGUUGGCCGCGGUGUCUGCCACCCCUGAACGGCAGACCCUCGUGAGCCUGGCUCAGCCCACGCCCAAGUAUCCCCACGAAGUGAAUGGGACCCCAAUGUAUCUCUAUGAAGUGGCCACUGAGUCGGUGUGUGAAUCAGCUGCCAGGCUUCUCUUUAUGAGCAUCAAAUGGGCGAAGAGUGUACCAGCCUUUUCCACCUUGUCUUUGCAAGACCAGCUGAUGCUUUUGGAAGACGCUUGGAGAGAACUGUUUGUUCUAGGAUUAGCACAAUGGGCCAUUCCGGUUGAUGCUAACACUCUACUGGCUGUUUCUGGCAUGAAUAGUGACAACACAGACUCCCAGAAGCUGAACAAGAUCAUCUCGGAAAUCCAGGCUUUGCAGGAGGUAGUGGCACGGUUCAGACAACUCCGCUUAGAUGCCACUGAAUUUGCCUGUCUGAAAUGCAUCGUCACUUUCAAAGCCGUUCCUACACACAGCGGUUCUGAACUGAGAAGUUUCCGGAAUGCCGGGGCCAUUGCAGCUCUCCAGGACGAAGCUCAGCUCACUCUCAACAGCUACAUCCACACCAGAUACCCCACUCAACCCUGCCGCUUUGGGAAACUCCUGUUGCUUUUACCAGCUUUACGUUCAAUUAGCCCAUCCACCAUAGAAGAAGUGUUUUUCAAAAAAACCAUUGGCAACGUGCCGAUUACAAGACUGCUUUCAGAUAUGUACAAAUCCAGCGACAUCUAAGCUCUCCAGCACCCGCUUUCCAAGAUGGGGCAGUAGCAGACGGACUUCUACCAUACAGGACAAGCCUCAACUAACAAACCCUCCUGGAAGGAGAAACCUGGGAAUGAGUUGCCUUCAGGAAAAAAAUGCCCGUGGACACAAAACAAUAGCUAUGACCCGGGGCUCCAUGGAUGCAGGACAGCUGGGAAAGCCAGGUGGUACAACAGUUACUGUUGCCGUGCCCUGGGACGGGUGAACUGGGGCCACCACAGGCCGAGCCAGCGCUCUGCUUCCAACCUGGAAGAUCCUGGCUGAACUAUUCAAAGUUGAAAGACAAGCCCACCCUCUUUUCCUCUUUAGCACAUCAAGUCAGUUGAUCAACAAUAGCGUUGUGUAAACAUCAUACUGCGGCCUUCAGAACUUGGUCGGGUUGGAGCAUUUUACUUUAAAAAUAAUGCUUAGGUUUUAAAUCAAAAGUAUUAUCAAAAAUUUCCCUUCUAUCAUAAUACUUUAUUAAGUGGCCUUCAGAACCAAGUGAGUAAGUGAAAUGUAGCUCAUGCUGUGUAAUCCCCUCCUCCACCCCCUUUUCCGUUCUUUUUUCUUCUUUUCUUAGUACCACAGGCCAGGCAACCUCAUCAAAGGAACUGACCACAAAAAGGAGUUUCUCACCAAGACUUAGCACCACAAACCAGAGGAGCUCCUACUGAAAGAACUUCAGAGCAGGGAAGAGGACUCCAAACAGCCAAACCAAAUAAAGUGGAGCCCGGUGACUGGGUGAGGCUGAUCGCUGUCCCAUCAUCACAGUGCUGAAGCCAAAGGCUGCAGGGUCAGCAAGUCACACCAGACGGUACACGAACAUGCAAGCCAGAAGGAAUUUCAAGGAGAUGUGUGCUAAACAGGUUCCUGAUCAUUCCAUUGCUAACAGCCUGGGACUCUUGAAUGCCUUUCAGAAAACUCUGGUUUCUAAUAAAACCUCGAAUGCACACACAUGCGCGCACACACACACACACACACACACACACACACACACACCACAUCACCCUACACUCUAAGCUGCUCCUUGGGUAUGAAUCUAUACUUAUGGAAAUGUAGAAACAAGCAUUUUUAAAUAGCUGCUGUACUUUUCACAUUUUGACUUAUUAGGUACUAGCACUGAGGGGGAGAGAUUCAGCACUUGGACUAGCAUAGGAUGAAUCAAACUUCUCUUGUACAAAGUGAAUUAACUGAUUUGUGAAGUUAAAAGGCUGUACUCAUUGUAUUUACAAAGAAUAAAAAUAUAUUGAAUUUAA